GAGACCCACUGCUCUCGGUUACUUGGCAGUGACUUCGUGCUCUCUCCUUUUCUCUCUCUGAAAAAGCGGUACCGGCGGCUACCGGAGAUCGGAUACUCGCCGGAGACAGAAUCGGAACUGUACGGAUUCGGCGAAUCCUCGCGACCACAGAGGACGAAGAAAGACGAUGAAGGUUUUUGUCAAGACUUUGAAAGGCACCAACUUCGAGAUCGAAGUGGAACCCCAGCAGUUGGUUGCGGAUGUCAAGCAAAUUAUAGAGACGGCACAGGGUGCAGAUGUGUACCCUGCCUCAAAACAGAUGCUUAUUCACCAGGGGAAAGUUCUUAAGGACGCCACGACUCUAGAAGAAAAUCAAGUUGCUGAAAACAGCUUUAUUGUGAUAAUGUUGAGCAAGGCUUCACCAAGUGGAAGCUCCAGUACGCAAGGUGCCCCCAAAAGUCAGGCUCAACCUGCUAGUACUCCUAGCACGACAACAACACCAGCAGCAGCUCCGGCUCCAGCUCCAGCACCUGCCCCAAUUGUGGCACAGUCACAACCUGUCGUUGAAACUGCUGCUGUUGUAGCUCCCACUGAUUCUUCAGUAACUGAUGUGUAUGGGCAAGCUGCAUCAAAUCUUGUUGCAGGAAAUAAUUUAGAAGUUAUCGUUCAACAGAUUCUAGAUAUGGGUGGAGGAAGUUGGGAUAGGGAUACCGUUCUUCGUGCUUUACGUGCUGCAUUUAACAACCCUGAAAGGGCUGUUGAAUAUCUUUAUUCCGGAAUUCCCGAACAAGCUGAAGUACCUCCAGCUGCCCAAGUUCCUGUUGGUGAACAGGCAGUAAAUCCUCCAGCAAUAAAUCCUCCCGCCCAGGCUCCACAAGCAGCAGCGCCUACUGGUGGGCCAAAUGCAAACCCGCUGGAUCUGUUUCCACAGGGCCUUCCUAGUGUUGGUGCAAAUGCCGGGGCAGGUAAUUUGGAUUUUCUGCGAAACAGUCCACAGUUUCAAGCUUUGAGAACUAUGGUGCAAGCAAACCCUCAAAUUCUGCAGCCUAUGCUCCUUGAGUUGGGGAAGCAAAAUCCACAUCUAAUGCAGCUCAUUCAAGCCCAUCAAGCUGACUUCUUACGCUUGAUAAAUGAGCCUGUUGAGGGGGGUGGCGAAGGGAACCUUUUGGGUCAAUUGGGUUCAGCGGCAAUGCCACAGGCUGUGACUGUCACCCCAGAGGAGCGAGAGGCCAUUGAACGUCUUGAAGCUAUGGGUUUUGAUCGGGCCCUAGUAUUGGAGGUAUACUUUGCAUGCAAUAAGAAUGAGGAGCUGGCGGCGAACUAUCUUUUGGAUCACAUGCAUGAAUUUGAGGAAUGAUGACCUGAAUUGGGGGUUUUUCUUUGGUAUUUUAAUUUCGUGUCUGAACUCUUUGCCAUGUGGGUUAAAUUUAAUAGGGUGUCUUAAUACUCUACUGUCAUGCAACUCUCCAGACCGUGUCAAUCCCAUUUUAUGUUUUGGAUGGCAUAAGUUCUCUGUUUCAAA